AUGGUGACCCCCUGCCCCACAAGCCCCGUGAGCCCCGCCGCCCGGGCUGGGAGGCGGGACGACCAGAACCUCCGUGCCCCGGUGAAGAAGAGCAGGCGCCCACGCCUCCGGAGGAAGCAGCCGCUGCAGCCGCUGAACCCGUGCCCGCUACCCGGAGACUCUGGCGUCUGCGACCUGUUCGAGUCCCCCAGCUCCGGCUCGGAUGGCGCAGACAGCCCCGCGGCGCGAGGCUGCAGCCCCCUACCCGGUCCUGCCCAGCAGCUGGUGCAGCUUGAUCUACAGACCUUCCGCGACUACGGUCAGAGCUGCUACGCCUUCGGCAAGGCGCGGGAAAGCCACUACCACCCGCGGGAGUCAUUGGCGCGGCAGCCACAAGUAACGGCGGAAUCCCGCUGUAAACUGCUCAGCUGGCUAAUCCCCGUGCACCGCCAGUUCGGCCUCUCCUUCGAGUCGCUGUGCCUGACGGUGAACACUCUGGACCGCUUCCUUAUCACCACGCCUGUGGCUGCAGACUGCUUCCAGCUGCUCGGGGUCACGUCCCUGCUCAUCGCUUGCAAACAGGUGGAGGUGCACCCGCCGCGCGUGAAGCAGCUCCUGGCCCUGUGCUGCGGCGCCUUCUCCCGGCAGCAGCUCUGCAACCUCGAGUGCAUCGUGCUGCACAAACUGCACUUCAGCCUGGGCGCGCCGACCAUCAGCUUCUUCCUGGAGCAUUUCACGCACGCACGCGUGGAGGCCGGGCAGGCAGAGGUCUCCGAAGCCCUGGAAGCGCAAACCCUGGCGCGCGGGGUGGCGGAGCUGAGCCUGGCUGACUACGCUUUCACCAGCUACACCCCCUCCCUGCUGGCCGUCUGUUGCCUGGCGCUGGCCGACCGUAUGCUGCAGCUCCCUCGUCCGAUGGACUUGCGCCUGGGCGGGCAUCCCGAGGCGGCGCUGCAGGACUGCCUGGGCAAGCUGCAGCUACUGGUGGCCAUAAACAGAAGGUCCCUGACUCACAUGCUGCCCCUCCAGAUCUGUGAGAAGUGCAGCCUGUCCCCGAGCUUGAAAUGA